AUGUCAACUUUGACAUCAUUAUGCCGCAUUCCACCGCUUUGGCCCAAAGCUGCCUAUUUCCACCACGCUAAACCUGAUCGUGUCCCGUUGCGCCUCCCCCCUCCGACAUCAAUAACUGUCAACUCCAUCACAGUCUCGAGCAUUUGCAGUACCCUAGACCGCCAGGAUGCCGCAGAAGCUUGCCAAAGCCCAGAAGCAGAACCGCCCCAUUCCUCAAUGGAUUCGUCUGCGGACCGGAAACACCAUCAGCCUGGAUCAGAGGGAGGGGAGAAGGUUUUGGAGGUUGAUCGUGGGGAAGGGGGGAAAGUACGGCCAGGGGGAUUCCGGGAAACGAAAAGGAGGAAACGGGUUAGGGAAUGCAAGAUUCGAAAGGGAUAUAAUACCCGAACGACUGUAUGGCGUUGUUAUAGUCCUAGACAUGCUUGGCAAAAAGGAGGAUAUCUUGAACCAAACAAAGUGACUCGAAAAGGCCGGAUCGUGUCACAAGAUAUAUGA